AUGUCAGCAAUUCAUCUGCAAUUGACGAGGAAACCUGAGGAAGCUUUAGCUCGCAGUGUCGUCAACUCCUCAAUUGUUAUCACUUUCGAAUGGCCAUUCUCAUUUGCCGCUCCGAUUCGUUGGUUCGUCCAAUCUAGGCCCAGUCAAGCAGUUGAUGAGUUGGAACGAGAUCCGAUCACUGUCCACUGGUUGGUGGUUGAGUCUCGAUUACUCAAGUACGUAGCUGUCAUGCUAGCAGACAGCUUGAUUAGUUCCAGAAAAAGCCCGAAACAUGAUCUCGCAAAUUCUAGAAUCUUAGGAUACUUGUCACAAAGCUCGGACGACUCGACAAAGUGGGAGACGCAAGAUAGCAGGGACAAAACAGGGCAUGCCACGUUUAGACAACAAACACAAGCAGCCGCCUCCAUACCAAGCGCUCCGCUUACGCACAAACAAAUUCUCGGUCAACACCCCAAAACAAUCGCCGCCCGGCAAUCUGAAUGGCCUGAAGGGAAGGAACCUGGAAGCAACCUAGAACGCUCCAACGACAACCCUGGAUUGACCCCACCUGAGACGCUUAAGUAA